AUGGCACAUUGUCCCCACGACCAACAAUCCCGCAACUCCCGUCUUCCCCCGCCUUCAUCUCACCAGGAAGAGACCACUAAAAUGCAUGUAGAAAGGGCAGAACAGUACAGACUUCUCGUUUCCCGCGCAGUAACUCAACGCCUCGACUCGCCUUCUCUCUCCCCAUCCUCCUCUUCUUCUUCUUCUUCAUCAUCAUCAUGUAACAAGAUUACAGACGAUACCAACAACAGCACUAGAGAUGCACAAUGGGAACUGCAAGACCGACAGAUAAGUCUCGCUAACAUCCGGCGUCAACUUGACGAAUGGGGUAUUUUAUGGGGUACGUAG